UACGUCAACUACAAGAUGCUGCAGCAGCAGAUCAAAGAGAAGAAGCAGAAAGCAAAGGAGGACGUUCAGCCGGACCUGAAGAAAAAGAAGAAGCCGAGUAAUCAAAGGAACAAGAAGAAGAAGGUGAGCUCUGGCUCUGCCUCUGCUUCUGGUUCUGGCUCGGCUCCCUCGGGUCAGGUGGGCCGCUUCAAGAAUGGCAUGCUGAUCCUCAGCUCCAAGGAGAUCCAGAAGAUCAAAAGCAACAAAAGGCGCAAAUAGGUGAGCGAUUAAAUCCUCCAGGAUGGGAAAACAUAAAGUACCACACAAACACACAGUCAGAGACUCGGCUUCCUGCAGGACCGUUUGGAGCUGUGAGGCUGAUUUCCAGAGGACUUGUCUGCAGGAAAGAAUAAAGCCGUUACUGGAGACAGACUGCUGAGUCAAGGAUUUAACGCUCACAGCGGCAGGACGUCAAUGCACCAAACUAGAGACUUCUGUCGAAUCAUUUUCCAUCACGGUUAAUUUAUUUUUGUUUUUAUAAAUGACCAAAAAAAAGACAUUUCAGUUUCUCUUGUUUUACACAUCUUGUAAUACAAACGUCGUGGGCAACCAACGCACAAAUGAAGCCAUACAAGAGCUUAGAUGCUUAUAAUUUCUUUGUUUCUGGCUGGGUUGGUAGUCUUCUUAGCAAACCAGUGAAAGAUGACA